AUGACAGAAUCGGUACUCUGUCAUAUCUGUGGUCACAAAUAUAAACGGGAAUACAUUAACGUACAUGAACAAGCAUGCCUAUUAAGAUGGCAUAUUGCUAAUGCAAAAUUACCAGAAAAUUUACGUCGACCUGCAUCAUGUAAAUCGUCUUCUGGUACUCCCAAUGAUGUAAAUUUGCCUCGCUACGAGAUUAAGAAUACACUUCCUGAAGCACCGAAUCUACAACUAGUCACGUGUCAGCAUUGUGGGCGAUCGUUUUCAACUGCUGCUAUUCAUUUACAUCUUCAACAUUGUAAAUAG